AUGACGCAGCUCGUUAUGCAAGACAUCGCCGAUAAUCCCAGAUUCGAAGGCUGUCAGAGCGAGGAUGUUAAGCUCGAGGUCGCGUGUCGGCUACCUCGGCGGAUCCUCCCAACCCCGGGCUUAGGGGAGGAGUUCUCGUUCAGGCUCCUUGACGCGUUCUUUGAUGCUGGCGGGAACUUCAUCGACACCGCCAACAACUACCAAGACCAGUCCAGCGAGGAGUUUAUUGGCGAAUGGGCGGAGAAGCGCGGGAUUCGGAAUGAGCUGGUCAUCGUGACUAAGUAUACGAGCAACUACGUGAGUCGCGAUGGGAAGACGACACAGCGGGUGCUCUUCUCGGGCAAUAACUACAAGUUAACGGCUAUAUCCGUCGAGGCCAGCCUUCCCAAGCUGCGCAAGGUUCUCUACCUCGGUGUAUCGGAUACGCCUGCGUGGGUCGUCUCUAAGACUAACCAAUACGCCCGUGACCAUGGCCUGUCCGAGUUCAUCAUCUGUCAGGGUGCCAGGAACGUCAUGCCGCGCGACUUCGAGCGCGAGAUCAUCCCAAUGGCGCGUCAAGAGCGUACGGCCCUUGCGCCUUGGAACGUCAUCAACGGUGGAAAGCUCCGCUCCGACGAAGAAGAAGAAAAGCGACGCCAGACCGGCGAGGGAGGCCGCACGAUCGCAAGUGGAGGCUAGGAGCGUGCCGAGACGGAGCGCAAGGUUGCGAACGCGCUCCAGCGCAUCAGCAAGGAGGUAGGUACGCAUCACCUGGCAGCGGUCUCGAUCGCGUACGUGAUGCAAAAGACGACGCAUGACUUCCCCAUCAUUGGAGGCCGCAAGAUCGAGCACCUCCUGGCCAACAUCAACGCGCUCAAGAUUACGCUUACAAAGGAGCAUGUUCAAGAGAUUGAGAACUUGGUACCGUCCUGGCUUCCCCUACAACUUCUUCGGCAUGGACGAUAGCUCGUACAACUCCCCCACGCAGUCGGCUGCGUACAUUGUAUCGAUAUAUUUGACAAAUUUCCUUGUCUUGUACAUACC